AUGCCUGGAGUCCUGAAUGUCGAGAAAUCACCAGCCCAAAUCGAUGCCGAGGGCGCGUUGCACAGCUUUCAAGUUAAUGCAGUUGGUCCACUCUUGCUGAUGAAGCAUCUUGUCCCGUUCCUUCCAAAAAAGUCUUCUUCUGCAUUUCCUACCGAGAUUGAUGAUGGUGAUGAUGUCGAUGUCAAUUUUGAUUCUGAGAAUGCACUACAGCUACCCGCACACGCAACAUACGCGAUGAUGGCGGCUCGUGUGGGCUCAAUAUCUGAUAAUAAAUCUGGAGGUUGGUACUCGUAUCGGGCGAGCAAAGCAGCUGUAUUCCAAAUUGCGAAGACCUUUGAUUUGUAUCUGCGCGGACGGUGUGGAGAUAGAGCUUUGGCUGUGGCUCUGCAUCCUGGUACUGUGCGGACGGAUUUCACUAAAGAGUUUUGGUCUGGUCGGGAGAUGUUGGAGCCUUUGGAUUCUGCAGAUCGGUUACUGAGAUUCUUGGCGGGAUUAUCUUCUGGUCCUGAGGAUGGAAGAGGGAGAUGUUGGGACUGGAAGGGCGAGGAGAUACUACCAUGA